ACAAAUUUUUCAUCGUUAACUUUAUAGGUAAUCAUACAAAUUUUGAUAUGAGAUGGAGAAAGAAAAGAUUCUCUUACUUUGUCAAUUUAGGGAUUCCUGGACCAAAACCGAAAUUCUUUUCUGGAAAUAUGGGUGACAUUAUAAAUAAGGGAGUUGCAAAAUGUCAUUACGAUUGGAUUAAGAAGUAUGGAAAUGUUGUUGGUUAUUUCCAGGGCUCCAGGCCUGUUUUGCUAGUCUCCGAUUUGGAAUUCUUGAAGUAUUUUAUGGUUGUAAACUAUAUGAAUGCAUCUGGAAGAGAGUGGUUUAUCGAAGAUGGUGGAAUACCAUUGAAGGCAUUCAGGGAAACAUCAAUUGGAAGUGUUAGUGGAAUGUAUUGGAAAGAACUUCACAAUUUAAUGUCUUCAGCUUUCACUAGCAGAAAACUGAAAGGAAUGAUACCAAUAUUGGAAAAAUCUAUUACUCGUGUCUUAAUGAAGAUAGAGAAGAAAAUUGAAAAUAAAGAAUUUGUUCCGAUGAAAACAUUAUUUAGCCAAUUAUGUUUCGACAAUACAAUGACAAAUAUGUUUGGAAUAGAAAAGGAUGAAUCAGAAAUGUACAGAAAGUUUCACGAAGACAUUCAACAACUAGCAAAUAUACCUCAGAAAGAUAUAAUUAUAGCUCUUGCUUUAUGUUUUCCGGAAUUUUCAACUGUUUUUACGUUGAUAAGAGAAGCUAAGGAUAAGAUUUCAUAUUAUUUAGGAAAACCUUCAUGCUUUGGAGCUUAUAAGAAUUUAUUAAAUGUGCUUCGUCUGAGAAGAUCAAAUCCUCAAAUUCAACGGGAUGAUUUCGUACAACUUUUAAUGAAAGCUGGAACUGAGAAUGAAAGUGAAAAUGAAAAUAAUAGUACGAAGCAAAGGACAUUAACGACGGAUGAGAUUCUUAUAAAUAUGAUGAGUUUUACUUUUGGAAGUUAUGAAACAGUAAUCUCGGCAUUAACAUUCGCUUUGUAUAUGAUGGUAAAACAUCCCGAAAUCCAAGACAAAGUUAGAAAAGAGCUGAACUUAUUAAACACGAAUAAGGCAGAAGUGGAAAAUUCUUUUUUGUGUGGAAUUCCUUAUCUCGAUCAAGUCAUUCUCGAAACUACCAGAUAUUACACUUUAAUUCGAUUUUUGUUAAAUCGAAAAGUAACAGGAGAAAUUAAAUGGAAUUCAAUAACGUUACCAAAGAAUUUGGUUCUACAAGUGGCUGCCUAUCAACUGCAUCACGAUCCUGCAUAUUGGGAAAAUCCUGAAACGUUUGAUCCGGAUCGAUUUUCAGUAGAAAACAAACAAAAGAUAAAUCCAAUAGUUUUCCAAGGCUUUGGAUACGGUCCUAGAACCUGCAUUGGAAUGCGAUUUGCUUAUCUCUCCAUAAGACAGAUAUUCACACAUCUUUUAACCAAAUAUAAAUUCGAAAUAUGUGAAGAAACG